AAAUGUAUGAUAAAAGUGUAAUGAUAAAAUAAUCUUCAUUGGCUGAUAUAUUCGUAUCAGCGACGACAUAAGUCAUUUACAUCAGCGCAAUUGUAGAGCGAACAUCACAUUACGUUACAUUGUCCGAUAAAAAACAGUUUUUGGAUUAUAAUUACAUACUAGGUAUUAAUAAUUUAAUUGUUUGUUGCGUUUGAUUGUUUAUAUUGGAUUGACUAUUGAAUAAGAAUAAAUAAUGUACCAGUUUUGUUUUACUUUACGAAGGUUUCGUGAAAUCCUUUCCUCUGGUCAAUAAACUAGGAACACUACUAAAAUCUUUUGAAUAAGAUAAAUUCUUUUUUCUUCAUCUUUUUGAUAAGAUGGUUGACAAUGUGACUGUUGCAUCCCUAGAGUACAUAUAUUCGAAUACAAUGCCAUUAUAUUGAUUAGAAGACACUGAAGUAACUUUGUAACAAUUUGAUUUGAAGCAAAUAUCACGUAUUUUAAUACGCGUGAAUCAAACAUUAAGCAGAAAGUUGAAGAAAAUUGAUUAGAUUGUAAUCAGAUCAACAAUGAUUGUUAUCGUAUUGAUACUAUUUGUUAUCAUAUUGUUAUCAUAUUAUUAUUAUGUGCAUUACGGACGAAAUGGACGCCUUAUUAACCUUAUACCAGGACCACCAGGUUAUCCAAUUAUUGGUAAUACACUGCUAUUACAAGGUUCACGAGAGAAUCUCUGGAAACGUCUGAUUACGAUAACUGAUAAAUAUUAUCCGAUUUGUAAAAUUUGGACAUUUUUUAUACCUAUUGUAUCUAUCCGUGAUCCGGAUGAUAUGGAGGUAAUAUUAAAUAAUAUGAAACAUAUUAAUAAGAGUAUAAUUUAUGAUGUUUUACGCCCUUGGUUCAAUACAGGUCUUCUCACUAGUGGAGGUACUAAAUGGCAAACUCGUCGAAAGAUAUUAACUCCAGCAUUUCAUUUUAAUAUACUGCAGCAUUUUAUUGAGAGUUUGAUCGAGGAGGGCGAAAAUAUGACAAAAUCUUUGAAAAAUACAGGAGGCACUGUUGUAAAAGAUUUAAUACCGUUUAUUAGUGAACAUACACUGAAUGCAAUAUGCGAAACUGCCAUGGGCACUUCUCUACGAGACCAAAGCGCGUACCAACAACGAUAUCGAAAAGCAGUUCAUCAAAUAGGCGAAAUUAUCAUAUAUAGAUUAAUGAGGCAGUGGCUGCGAUACAAUUGGAUCUUCUCAUUGAUGCCAAAAGGCAAAAAACAAGCAGAGACUUUGAGGAUACUACACGGAUUUACUGAACGAAUUAUUGAGAAAAGAAAACUUUGUCAAGAAUAUACCGAUGAUCAAUACUUAAAAGAUUUUGAUAGUAACACAAUGACAGAGACAAGUGAUGUAGAAACGAUUAAAAUUCGGAAAAAGCGGCUUGCAUUGUUGGAUAUUUUAAUAGCAGCGUCUCGAAAAGGUCUCUUAACUGAUUCAGAUAUCAGAGAAGAAGUGGAUACUUUUAUGUUCGAGGGUCACGAUACUGUAGCAAAAGGUAUAUGUUUUGCUCUUCUAUUACUAGCUGAACAUAAGGACAUUCAGAAUCGUGUCAGAGAUGAAAUCAGGACUACUAUAGAAAAAACUGGAGAGAAAUUUACUAUAAAUGUAUUGCAAAACUUGUCAUAUUUAGAUAGAUGUAUAAAAGAAGCAUUGCGUUUGUAUCCCAGCGUUUAUUUUAUAUCACGAAUUACAUCGGAAGACGUAAAAUUUAAGUCAUAUAUAAUACCUGCUAAAACAAUUGUGCAUCUUAAUAUCUAUGGACUCCACAGGGAUCCCAAUUUUUGGCCAAAUCCAGAGAUAUUUGAUCCUGAUAGAUUUUUGUCUGAGAACAUUCGAAAUCGCCAUCCUUACUCAUAUUUACCAUUCAGUGCUGGACCACGUAACUGUAUUGGUCAACGAUUCGCUCUGCUGGAGAUGAAAGCAAUGAUAGCCUCUCUGAUUCAUAAUUUCUACUUGGAACCCAUUGAUUACUUAAAAGACUUGCAAAUGGAAGUUGAUUUAGUGCUGCAUCCUGCUCAUCCACUUCGUGUAAAAUUUGUUCCCAUCGUUAAAAUGCAUGCAACUAUUUAACGCGAAUGCAUCCUUUAAGAAACGUGUAACAAAAAUUGAAAAAUUGUUAAGUAUGUUAUAACUUGUU